AUGCCACUCAGGCCUGUGUCAGUUGAAAAACCUUUUACUCAAUGCGGACUCGAUUUUGUUGGAAUGAUCAAUCCCCCAAGCUCAGCUGGACAUAAAUGGAUCCUGACCACCACAGACUAUUUCACCAGAUGGUCUGAAGUUGUUCCCCUACAGAAUUCAUCUGAAAAUGAGGUGCUAUCUUUCUUGGAAGAACUGACUUGCCAGUACGGUCCCCCAAAAAUUGUUAUAUCUGAUAAUGCUCACGCAUUCACUGGCUCGUGGAUCACGCAGUUCACUCUUAGCAGAGAGGAUAGGCAUGGAAUACAAAAAGGAGUGGCACCAUCACCUGAGGAGUGCAUUAUGGGCCGACCGCAUAACACCCAAGCAGAUUCUGAAGAGUUCCCCGUACAAGCUGGUAUACAGGAAAGAUGCAUUUUUUCCUCUGUCACUGGAAAUCUUGGUGUUACAGUUGCUAAAAUAUAUGAAUAUCGUUGA